GGAAGUGGUGGCGGUCUCCAUGGCAACCCGGCCCGCCGCGGCCAUGGCGGAGCCUCAGGACGCCACGGUUUCUUCAUCGCCAGCGGCUACAGAACCAACAAAACCCCGUCCUAAAAAAGGAGAAUGCAGUGACCCAUGGCACUGUGACAGCCCUUAUCAGCAGGCUGAGGGAGCAAACCUGAGGGAGAUAAGUACACCAGGAGCAGCACCAGAGCUGCCAAUCCUAGAGAGGAAGAACUGGUUGAUUUAUCUGCUCUAUGUCCGCAGAGACUACGAGGAGUGUAAGGCUCUCAUCAAAGAGCAGCUCCAGGAGUCCCAAGGGCUCUGUGAAUAUGCUGUCUAUGUUCAAGCUUUGAUAUUUCGCUUGGAGGGGAGAAUUCAAGAAUCUCUUGAACUUUUCCAGACAUGUUCCAUUCUGAACCCUCGAAGUGCUGACAACCUCAAGCAGGUGGCACGAUCCCUGUUUCUCCUGGGGAAGCAUAAGGCAGCCAUUGAAGUGUACAAUGAAGCAGCAAAACUCGAUGAAAAGGACUGGGAGAUCAGCCACAACCUGGGUGUGUGCUACAUGUACCUGAAACACUUCAACAAGGCACGAGACCAGCUCAACAAUGCCCUGGAGCUCAACAGACACGACCUGACCUACAUGAUGCUGGGCAAAAUUCACCUCUUGGAGGGGGAGAUGGAUAAAGCCAUUGAAGUAUAUAAGAAAGCUGUAGAGUUUUCUCCAGAAAACACAGACCUCCUCACAGCCCUGGGCCUACUGUACCUGCAGACUGGGGAGUACCAGAAGGCUUUUGAACACCUUGGAAAUGUGCUUACCUAUGACCCAGGCAACUACAAGGCCACCCUGGCUGCUGGCAGCAUGAUGCAGGCCCACGGGGAUUUCGAUGUCGCCCUCUCCAAGUACAAGGUGGUGGCCAGCAGUGUUCCUGAGAGCCCCCCACUCUGGAACAACAUUGGCAUGUGCUUCUUUGGGAAGAAGAAAUACGUAGCAGCUAUCAGCUGCCUAAAGAGGGCAAACUACCUGGCUCCCUUUGACUGGAAGAUCCUGUACAACCUGGGCUUGGUGCACCUCACAAUGCAGCAGUAUGCCUCAGCCUUCCAUUUCCUCAGUGCUGCCAUCAACUUCCAGCCCAAGAUGGCAGAACUCUACAUGCUCCUGGCAGUUGCUCUGACCAACCUUGAAGACAUUGAGAAUGCCAAAUGUUCCUAUGAGCAAGCUGUGGCCUUGGACAAGUGCAACCCCCUCAUCAACCUGAACUAUGCUGUCCUGCUCUACAACCAGGGUGACAAGGAGGGGGCCCUGAGCCAGUACCAGGAGAUGGAGAGGAAGGUCACCGUGGCCAGGGAGAGCAGCACACCCGAAUUCGACCCUGAGGUGCUGCAACACCAGCUCUGCCAAAAAAGCCUCCCUCCCUGCCUCUGGAACCAGAACAGGAGCAGGACUCAGAAACGAGCCCCGAGGAGAACUCAGCUCCCACAGGGGAUGAGGAGCAGGGGAAGGAGAAGCACCAGAGCCAGGAGGCAGCAGAGUAGGGCAGCUCUGGGCAGCACAGGCAGUGCAGGAGCCUCUCCAGGGCUGCCUGGGACUGGGGAAAGGCACCUGCCCCACCCUGCCCCGUGGUGGCUUCUCCCCACUGUCAGUCAGUCUGGAUGGAGCUGUAUUCUGUCAGUGAUUUCAGCUUGUGGCUCUGCCUUGUUCCAAGGAGUCACUGCAGUGAGCAGAGGUUUCUGUGUAGUUCCUCUUAGUGCAGUCACAACUCACUACACGACUGGAGGGUCCAGCUCUCCACAGGUUGGGUGUGAGACCUCCAGAAGGACCUUUAGCAAAGCCAGCAGUAGUGAUUUAGGAUCCUGGAUGGUGAGGAGAAUCAAACCCUUCCAGUGAAAUGAUGAGCAGCUGAGUUUGCAUAAAGAGCCAGCAAACAGAACCUUCAGGUCUCUGUGUUUGCUGCUAAAGCUCCCCAGCUGUUUGACAAUGUAUUUUCUCCUUUUAGUUCUGCACUGUUGGACUGUAUCCCUCCAUAAUUACCAGCCCAAGAGAGGAAAGUUAGUCGUGGAAACAUACAGCAGCAUGAGCAGGGGUCUGGGUACAUCCCAGCUUUCAGCUGUGCUUUGUGGUCUGUUGCUCUUAUCCAAAAGGCAUUAAUGCAUCUUUAGAGCCCAGCCAGGAGCUGCAGUGCUCUCCUGCUCCCUGGAGAACACUGAACUUCAGAGUAGGACCCCUCACUUUCCCCUGGGUUCUGGUAGCCCAAAGUGACUGCUUAUCUUAAAUGUGGCUUUUUUUUUUUUCCUCUCAGGUGUCCUUUCUGCUGGGUUUUGUGUCAGUUCAGCCCCAGGGCAGCACUUCUGUAAGGAAGGAUUCCCUCCUGCCAGGAGUUAAACAGAAUUUUUUUGCAGAGACUGGCAAUUUGAAACAAACCAGACAAGAAACAGUGUCAGUCAGGUACAGUGCAGAGAUUUUUAUUCACAUUUAAUUUCUUACACUGAAAGUCCCUGCAGCCUGGGAAGAAGAGGUGAGGAUUGAAGAGCAGGGGUGGGCAGGGGCUGUGAAUUCUUCACUUCAGCCCCAAAAUUUGAAUUCAAGGCAGAUUUUUGUCCUAUGAUGCUUUGGUGGGAUAAGUGUCACACAGGGAGCACAUACUGCACUUGGAGGUACUGUGGAGGGCUUUAUUUUAAAUAGAUAUUUUGUGAAAAGCUUAUGCAACAGUGAACCAAUUCUUCUAUGAAAUGAAGCAGUAACACCUUCUUUCUUCCUGGGAGCUUCAUGUCUGGGGGAGCAUUUUUAAAUAUGUAAUUCCAGUUGGAUAAUAAAUAGAGCUGCAAUUCC